GACACACCAACUUGACCGUUGACGCGUCACUCUUCAACGAUCACUGUUCCUCUCUUUCUUUUUUCGUCUUCUUGGACUGUACGGAAAAGCUAGGGUGUUUGGAUGCCCUGAUAGAGAGCGAAAAAUGGCGUCCACUGAAGACGGAGAUGACGCGGUGGAGCUGAUCGUGCGCGACGCAUCAGCAUUGGAGGACGAUGCUGCGGCGGCCGUGGUGGUCUCCGAUGAGAUAAUCCCUCUCUUGAAUCAGGGCGAGAAGCCCAAGAUCAACAUCUUCACAGUCUCUUAUCCCCGAGGAAAACCUAGGGAGCAAGUGACAAGAGUACAUGAAGCGGAGACAUCUCCAGUGACUCGAUUUAUUUUGUGGGUGUGGAGUGGGUCCAGAUACUCUGGUCUCUUGUGUAUGGCCAUAUCUUCUAUCAUCUAUUUUAUCAUGGAAGUCCUUUCCGAUGUUUUCUCUGCUCAAUCAAUUCCUUUAUUUGAGACGGCUUUUGCUAGAUGUAUACUUAUCAUGACAUUGUCAUAUUUUUGGCUGAGAAAGAGCGGGCAUUCAAUACUUGGACAGACACAUGUUAGAAAACUGUUAAUUUCAAGAGCCCUAAUGGGAUUUCUUUCGUUGAUGAGUUAUGUUUAUUGCAUUCAAAGGUUACCUUUGUCUCAGGCUAUUGUAUUAAGCUUCACAACACCGAUUAUGGCAUCAAUUGCAGCCAGAAUAAUUUUGCACGAGAAGUUGAAAAUUGCUGACAUUGGAGGUCUUGCUUGCAGUUUCUUUGGUGUGCUUUUCAUUUUCAGGCAACUACUUACCACAAAAGGAGCCUUAGUUAAAGCUGGGGAAGCAAGCAAUAUAUAUCUUAGAGGGAGCCACCAUAUAUAUGUGGUCUUAGUUGGUUUAUUUUCAUCAAUAACUGGUGGAGUAAGCUACUGCCUCAUAAGGGCGGGAGCAAAGGCAUCUGAUCAACCAGUGAUUACAGCCUUUUCAUUUGGCAUACUGGCUGGCCCUGCUGCUGGAAUAUGUACAUUUGCAUUUGAGGAUUUUGUGCUGCCAGAUUCUUAUACAUUUUUACUUAUGCUCGUACUUGGUGUUCUGGCCUUUUUGGCUGAGGUAUUUUUAGCACGCGGACUUCAGCUUGAGAAAACCAGCAAAGUUGUAAAUGUCCUGUACAUGGAGGCAGCCCUGUCACAAUUAUGGGGCAUUGGUUCAUCAAGAACAGCUCCAUCCUUUGGGCGACUUGUUGGAUGUUUACUCAUUUUGAUUUCAGUAUCUUGCACAAUGUAUAUUGGCCCUGAUAAAGAGAUGGAGUGAGAGAUGCCAUAUUCUUCUCAUUUCUUUGUAGGCCCGCACCCCAUUUGGUGCAGCGAUUUUUGGUUGUAAUCAACUCUUUAAUCUUCCUAGCUUAUAAGUGUAUCUAGUUGGUUUUAUUUCUUCA